GGAUUUUCCUGCAAUGUCAGACAAGAAGCGUGAAUCACUUGCAUCCAAGAUCGAUGAGGUAGCUCGCAACCAGAUUUGGCGCGAGCAGCUCAAGACCGAGUAUGAGAUGGAAAGUGCACUGACACCGUUCCAGCUCAACCCGAAGACACUAAGCUCGAUCACUCUAAAGCCAACCCAGACUCACCCAGAAGACUUUGGUAAAGUACAAGAUGACCAGGGAACACGAGAUCUCGCUGCAAAGCUGCGUGAAGUGACCAAGAGACCCACAGAAAAACAAGCCCUACCGAUGACAGAAGCUCAGCGUGUCGGGUGGCUUCAUGACAUGGCAAGCAAAGGGAUCCGAGCAGACAUGCAUCAACGAAUGUUCAAGGGUCGUGGCAGCUGCGACGUCACCAAAUUCGCCGAUUCUUACUGCACUAUGGCAGGCUGCAGCCCUUUUGCCGACAAAUCCACUCGCUGAUCCAGGAACCACAGGGAUAGAAGAGGAAUAAACAUGUUAUAGCCAACAUAUUAAGAAAGGCUACGCCCAAAAAACAUAUUAAAGCCCU